AUGGUCAACGGUACUGCCGCCGUGUUGGAGCCAACUUUCACGGGGUAUGUGGCUACUACACAAGAUGCCCUCCUAUUAUUCGAAGCAUGUCUCACUGGAGUCCUACACCAUGUCCCUCGUCGCCCACAUGACCGCGAACGAAGUCAUCUGGUUCGCAGUGGUAGUGUUUUCAUCUACGAGGAGAAUGCGUCUGGCAUCAAACGUUGGACAGACGGUGUGACAUGGAGCCCCAGUCGCAUUCUGGGUAAUUUCUUGGUCUAUCGUGAGUUGGAGAAGCCCUUCCCGCCUGGCGAAAAGAAACGCGCUAUGAAGAAGGCCAAUCGACGGCCUGCUCCCCCAAGCCGACCCGGCGAGCCAUACCCGCGACAUGACAGCAACGCUUCGAACUACUCGCCACCACAACCCCCGGCCUCGUUUGGAGACCGUCCACAUCAAUCAGAAGUCGAGCGCGCCUUGGUCGGGUCCUUGGUCGAUUCCUACGGUUUCAAGGAUUCCGGCUUGGUGAAGAAGACCAUGAGCGUGACCGUGCUUGGCGUCACUCAUCACCUGGUCUCAUACUACAGUGUCGACGAUGUCAUCCGGGGCGCCUUGAAUGCGCCGUCUAUGGUUGAAUCCCUGCGAUAUCUCCGACCCCGCCUGGAUCUGACCCAGAAACAAAGCUUCCGCGCGCCCAUCGAUGAUGUCGAGACAAGCGCUAUGGAGGCCCGCGUCCACGACCCUUCCCAGGCCGCCCUCUACGGUUUCCGCCCGCAGAUGAUGGCUCCUCCGGGCUAUAGCAUGCCCAACCCAUCACCAGACUUCUACAUGCAUGCCCCAUACACCACACACCCUCCUCAGUCCGGUCCCAUCGCAGGCUACUCCAUGAGCCAGCAAAUGCCCGGGCAAGCUGCACCAAAUCCAUAUCUUCCAUCGCCUUCGCAAUCCAUGGUGCCAAAACAGGAAGACUACCACGCCUUUCGCGCCGGGCCAUAUGGAGGAAGCAUAGAUUCACUCAACCACAGUGCCAUUCCUGGAAUGAACGCUCUCCCUAGCUCAAUGGGCGAGCGCAAUCGCUCUGUGUCAGAACACAGCCCAUCAGCCUAUCGCAACUCUUCCAUCUCUUCGCGGAGUGCAGCCACCGAUGCGACCUCGCCCAUGGACCCCGCAACGCCAGCCACCUACUCCCGUGGUAGCUUCAGUUUGUCGGGCCAGCUGGAAAGCAACCCGAAUCACCCGAAUCAUCACAUGGAGUCCCGCGGCAUUGGCCCUCUAGACCAUGCCGUCUCUCGCCGUGAAUCAAAUCCCACCCAUCCAUCUUAUUAUCAAGAUCGGCCUCAAUAUUAUGUCGGUGCCAAUCAAAGCCACCACCCCCAUUACGCGGCCGCGCAGCCCUUGUCCACAUGGACAACUACUGCACCAGCCCAACCUCAAAUCUAG